AUGACGUUGACAAUCACUAAAGCAAUAACUGCCUCCUUAUCAUCUGCACUAGCUUGUACUAAUAAUGUGGGAUUGUUCUCAGCCUCAAUUGAUGAGCUUGUGGAAUUCAGAGGAUUAGGGAAAAUAGAAAGGACUUUCGUUCCGCUACUUGAGGAAGUGUGUUCUCAGCAUCCAUCUCUUAUUGAGUGCCAGAAGAAGAGAAGCCGCAUGUUUACCGAAUGCGCGUUCACCGCUUUGGGUAGAGUUCUUUACUUCCUCAAGACUAGGAAGGUGAAAGAUAUGGAUGAACAAGCCUGUAAGGAUCUUCAACUUUUGUGGGAGGAACUAGAGACAUUUAAAUUUGAUCUCUCUUGGCUGAAGGCCUAUGUUCAAUUCGCCUUAAGCAUGGAAAAUUAUGUGGAAGAAUUAGUGGCGGCGGAAAAGCUAAAGGAGAAUGUGGCAGCUCUGGAGUUGAAAAUGAAGAGGCUUAACCUGAAGCUCGUUGCUGCUAAGGCGAAUCUUGAUAAAGUAUCAAACUUCUUGAAAGAAGAAGGCUUCCAUAAGGUCGAUUGGGAGGUUGGACUGGGGUAUGGAAGACUUUAG